AUGGCGACUGUCAGUGCCAUGCUUGUCCUCUCGAGAUUGCGCCGUGGUGAACAGGGCGAAUUCGAGAGCUUAAUAAAGAAACGUCAGAUACCAAAAGGAAAACGCAAGAAAUUGAUGAUGUUGAUGAUAGCAUUGGCUAUCGUUGUGAAUCCUCCGAGAGAUCGAACUCUUUGGGUCGGACCCAGAACUGAUGCCUGGAUUGCAAUGGCUUAAAAUGAGUUCUCAGAAAAGCAGUGGCAUGAACACUUCCACUUGUCUAAAGGAACCGUUCUUUACAUUGUAAAUGAAUUGGAAGAUGAUAUUACUCGCACAGAUUCGAAAUUACAGAAAGCGAUUCCCACAUUUCAGCGAGUGGCUUUGACAAUUUAUUUCAUGGCAUCCACCGCAGAAUACCGUUCCGUGGCUAAUUUGUUUGGAGUAUCACGAUCCUUUGUUAGCCUUUGCGUAAAAGAGGUCUGCCAGGCCAUCGUUAAAAGGUUAAAAUCAAGAUAUAUCACCAUACCGAAAGGAGACGACUUGAAACAAGUGAUGGCAACUUAUAAAGAAAAAUGGGGCUUCCCCAUGUGUGCGGGAGCCAUAGAUGGAACUCAUGUCCCGAUAAAGGUCCCCUCACAAAACCACACGGACUACGUAAAUCGAAAGUCUUAUUACAGUAUUAUCAUGCAGGCUUUAGUGGACUCACGGUAUUUGUAUAGGUAAUCACAUGAUUUCGAGUGCAAUUUGGAAUAAAUAAGCACGAGUAAAUUUUUUUAAAGACUAACAAAAUUGCACGAGCCCGUAGGGCGAGUGCAAUUUGAGGUCUUUGAAAAAAUUAACAAGUGCUUGUUUAUUCCAAAUUGCACGAGAAAAAUCAUGUGAUUACGUGUUAAUAAUAUACAUGGAAAAAUACGAGAUGGCUUAUCAUAAUUAAAUAUAAGCAAAGCGCGCGCAUCAAGUGCAAAAAAUAAUUUAUUCAAACCGUGCGUUCGGUCAAAACAACCGCGUAGGAUCAAAAUAAUAAUAGACAACGAUAUCUUCACAUCUUUAAGGUGCAAGAAAGUUCAAAGUCCGACUAAACAGUUUAAGGAAUAGUUCAGUCUGUGUCCGAAACACUUUCGAUGAAAUGGAAUCGUCGUUCCCGAGGUUUAACUAUGACUGUUUUUAAUUUCGGCGUUGGAUCGCUCGAGCAAAGUGUUAAGCUGGGUCGGCUCGUAAUUUUCGAUUUCCUUGGCAAUUCCCUUCUCUAAACACCACUUUUUCCAAACUGACAACCAAAAAGCAGUGCUUUUUAUAGUGUUUUCGUUGUUUAAGCUGUUUUUCAGCUGCGGUGGCGAAAGAAAACCUACUUAAAACGCCGGCCAUUGUUUCGCUCGCAAAUUUUCAAAUUUUCAAAUUUUGUUGCGCCAUCCAAGGCUCGCAUUUGAUUGGCUAUCUGUGAGUUUCUUUGAUUAUUGACCAAUCAGAAUGUCUGAUUUGUUUCUUCUUUGCAUUGAAUUAACCCUCUUCUGCACUGAAUUAACUCUCUUCUGCACUGCAUUACCUGAAAACUGCAUUUAUCUUAACCAAUCAGAACUGAGUAAUUUUUCCAUGAUUAUUAUUAAUUUAGGGACAUUGUAGUUGGCUGGUCCGGAAGCGUGCAUGACGCACGUGUGUUGUCGAAUUCCGAAACAUAUAAACUGGGGAAUGAUGGUGCCCUCUUUCCUGAUUUCAAAGAGACCAUACUAGGCCAGGAUAUCCAUCCAUGUAUACUUGGCGAUCCAGCACAUUCUUUGUUACCUUGGUUGCUGAAGCCAUUUCUGGAAAAUCAGAACACCCCAAGAAAGCAUCGACGUCUCAAUUGCCGCCUCAGUCGUCCCAGAAUGACCGUUGAAGACACAUUCGGACGUUGGAAAGGUCGUUUUCCUAGAUUUUCAAAGCGCACUGACAUGAAGGUUGAGGAUGUUAUUCAUCUAGUGGCCGCCUCAUGUAUAUUAUAAAUUUGAGCUGAGAAGAGAUCCACUGCUCAACGAAUGGUUUGAACAAGCUCAAGACAGGUCCUACCCUCAGCCAGAAGAUGGAGAUGUGCCAUUCAGAAUGAAUGGCACAGAGAGAGGGCUGAUGCAUCAGAUACCCGCAACAUAUUGGCCAACUUUUUUAUGA